GCAAAGCGCAAGAACUCAAAAACGAGGAUAAGCUGUCCACCACAAAAAUUUUGCGGCUUCCAUACUCGAUAACAACAACACUCUCAUUUCGUCCUCUCAGCUUCUACCCAUUUCUCACAGCAAUGGCUUCUCUACAAAAUUCACCUUCACUUUAUCGCACAUUGUCUCCUACCUCUUUUCCUCAGAUAGGACUACAAACGUAUCAUAGCUCGUUUCCUUGCUGUAGAAGAGGCAUUUCAUUUAUUGUACGGUCGGAGCAACCUUUGGCUCAUUCUCAAGUUAUAUCAGCAAGACGCCAAUUGAUUGCUGUCAGUUUGAUUGCUCCUUGGGUUUCUCUGGUUAACCAAACUCCAUUAUUUGCUGCAGAAACUAAAAAGGGAUUUCUCUUAGUCACAGACAAGAAAGAUGGCUACUCAUUCCUCUAUCCAUUUGGGUGGCAGGAAGUGGUCAUCGAAGGUCAAGACAAGGUCUUUAAAGAUGUUAUUGAACCAUUAGAAAGUGUCAGUGUAAAUACAAUACCAACCACCAAACAAGAUAUUCGAGACUUUGGACCUCCACAACAGGUUGCUGAAACAUUGAUUAAAAAAGUUUUAGCCCCUCCAUCCCAGAAAACAAAACUAAUUGAGGCAUCUGAGCAUGAUGUUGAUGGAAAAGCUUAUUACACAUUUGAGUUUGUUGCGCAAGCUCCAAAUUAUACUCGCCAUGCUCUUAGUACUAUCUCAAUUGGCAAUGGUAAAUUCUACACAAUAACUACAGGGGCCAAUGAGAGGAGGUGGGACAAGAUGAAAGAUAAGUUGCACACAGUCGUUGAUUCCUUCAAAAUUUUCAAUGUCUAAGUUGGUUGCUAGAUCUUUACUUGGUCAAGAAUCUUCUCCUAGAAGUGAAGCACCAUAUUUUGCAUUUCUCAGAGUUUUGUUGGCCUUUAAUUCUUAUCAGCAUGUAUGCUGCUUCAAUUUUUUUUUUCCCUUAUUUUUUUCAGAGCUCUAUGGAAAUUUCUCUUUUAGGAAAAUAAUUUUCCCGCAACAUUGUUCAAUGCAAAAUGAAUAUUUAUUACUGACAAAACACUACUGCUACUGUCUUAUUUUACAUUUUAAA